AUGGCAGACCCCGUCUCCUGCCCCAUGACGAAAUCUUCGAAAUCCUCCACCUCCCACUCCUCUUCGUCCUUCUUCCCCGACAACUACUCCCCCACCGCUCCCACCUCCCCCGCGUCCCCGUCAAACACCAGCUCUGCAGGUAACCCCAACCCGGGGCAAGUACCGACAGCGCUGCCUACACCGAUGUCGUUCUCUGGUUCGCGGGAGAAUGCGAAAGGGCUGGAGCUGGCUCCGCCUUUAUCCGUGGGAGCUGGGGAAGAAGGAGGAAGGGGGGAUGGGCCUAUGAUCUCGCCGAAUACGGAAGCGAUCUUUACACCUGCUAGGUCCCCUGGGCAUAGGACGAAUUGUUUCCCAGAACCGUCGCCUCGUUCUUCCACAGCCCCUGGGGCUGGCGGGCCAGCGUCGCCUAGAGGUUCAGCCCAUGGGGCGGGACCGGGGCUGAGAGGGAAGGCGAGCAUGUCGCAUAUGGAUACGUGGAUGGAGGAUCUGUCGCUGUCGGGCAAUAGGGGAGAGAAGGGGAAAGAGACGGAGAGGGAGAAGGCGAGGAAGGGAAAGGGGUAUAAUACGUACGAGUCAUGUAUGAACGGUGCAUUGGGCCACGAUACCAAAGCCGCCACCUACAAAAUCGGCACCGAAAAAGCGUACCACCACCUCAACCGCUCCAACGAACUCUUCCUCCUCGCCAUGGAUUUCCGCAUCAACGACAAGAAAGCCCUCCUCGGCCGAUCGCGUAUCCUCAUCCAGCUCGCGAGCAAUUACCAGCCCCCUCGCGUGGCCACAGAGUCCCUCAGAGAUGCGGUGGACAUGUUGCGCACGCUAGUGGGGCUUGCGCCGCACUCGUUGACGGCGCGAGAGACGUUGGCGGAGGGGUGUAGCCUCUUGUCUGCGAUCUUGCAUGAGACGGAAGAUUAUAUCGAGGAUGAGUCUCGGGUAUGGUCGGGCGAGAUUGGAGAGCUGGCGAGGGAGGCGCUGGCGAUGCUGGAAGAUGUCGCUGCCGACCGGAUGGACAAGAUGCGCGCCAUGUCGUCGAACGAAGCCGCCCAGCUCUCGCCCGACGCCGCGGAGCUCUUCCUCAAACUGAGCGAUGCGGCGCUGAAGGUUUCGGCCUUUGCGAUGGACUUGCAAGGGGUGGAACUGCAUAUUGAACUGGCGGAGCAAGCGCUGGACCAGGCGAGCAAUAUGGCGACGGUAGCUGCUACUUCCAGGAUCAAAUCGUCCAGCGCCACCGCGACCCUCAUCGCCCGCGUCCAACAUGCUUCCUCCAAAUCAUCGCUCGAGAGGCUGAGGCAUACGUUCACGCUCGGUCUGCCGCUGGAUGAAGAAGAUUUCAGGGCGCUGUUAGCGGAUAUGGAGAUGUUGGCGACAGAGAGUAGGGCGAGGGUUGCGAAAGCGAGAGGAAGUAAGGCUGGGUCGUUGGCGACGUUGGCGUGGGAGACGGUCAAGCUGGUCGGUGAUGCCGAGGUGCUUUAUGCCAAUCUGCUGAGGGGUGUAUGGAGGAACAGGAAGCCGAGAAGGAGGAGUGGGGGCGUGGGCAAAGUCGGGACGCCUACCCGCCGGACGUCUACCCGUGACUUAGUCGAUGCGAUCCGGGAAGAAGACGAGCCUGAAGAAGGACAGGCCAAGGUCGUUGGGCCUGCGUCUGCGCCUGCUGCUUGGCGUAUCCCCGGGAGGAGGGAGAGUGCGUCGUCCAAUGGAUCAGAUGGGGUGUCGAGCAGGAAAGGGAGUGCGGCGCUGGGGGCGGCAGCGGAGGGGGCGGAGCUGUUGACGUUCCCGAAUAGGGGCAGGUUCUUGUCGAGUGUGAGUGUGCCGGCUACGGGGAGGAGGGGGUCGUGGCUCCCUUCGCCUGGGGAUGUAGCUUUGAAUAGGGCGCAGAGGAGGCGGUCGUCCUUGGCCUCGCCCCUUUCGCAGAGCUUUACUGGGCUGUUGCCCGAGCCGCAGACGGGCCAUCUGAAUGGGCUCAAUAUCCAGAGGACUCGGCGGGCGUCGUCGACGGGUGGAUCGCUUGUUUUGCCUGAUGGGCAGUCGGCGUGGUCGCGCAGGGCGUCUGUCAUCUCCCUCAGCUCGGAUGACGGGUCUCCUUCAGCCUCCAUCUCUUCCUCUGCCCUCGCCCGCUCCGCCUGGCAACUCCUCGAAUCCGCCGUCCAUCAAUACAAAAUCGGCCUCAACAUCCUCUCCUCCUCCGCCCUCCCCAACGCCGAACUCGCCAAGGCGAAAAACGAGACCCUCGUCGGUAUCGCGUACGCUUCGUUGUUUAUGGCGAGUCUCUCGCCGAGGUUGGCGGUAGCGGCAGAGAGGAGGGAGACGUUCCUCGUUACGGCGGAGGUGUAUACGACGUGGGCUGCGAGGGAGGUGGGGUGGUCGUUCUUGAUAGAAGGGACGAAGGCGGCAGAGAUGGCGGAUCGGAGGACGAAUUCGUGGCGGGCGGAUGAAGCUGGCAAACGGGCUGUCCUCUUGCUUGUCCGUAUCUGGUGGCACCGGGCGGUCACGACGCAGGCGAUUGAUGUGGAGACAAAGAGGAAUGCGAAGGAUGCGGUGGAGACGGUGGUGAAGCGUAUGAAGGAGAAGGAGGGGACGAGGGAAGGGGACGUAUUUAGGGUGCGGUGGUGGUUGAGCAGGCAGGAGGGAGAGAUUGAUACGGCCGAGGGCUUGUUCUGGAGGAGUGUUUGCAGGAUAUUGAAGGGCGGGCCUGGGUUUGUGAUGGGGUAA